GGACAUUAUGUCACCACUCAACAAAUCCCGCUCUAUAGUGCUGCCUUACGAGGCAUAUUAUUUUGUCGACGAGAGAAAAUACUUCUUUUAUAUUUUCCUCCAUGGUCUAGUAGCCGCUGAUAUAGUUAUAAUGGGGCUUAUCGUUCAUGACACCAUGUUUAUAUUUUUUGUGGAACAUGCAUGCGGCAUCUUCGCCGUGGCUGGAUUCCGUUUCGAGCGUUUGGUACACGAAGAUACCUGUCUAAUGAAAACUGUUGAUAACGAGCUGGAUAAUAAGUACAGUAAAAAAAUAGCUUACAGCGUGCACGCGCAUCGGGCAGCUCUAGAAUUCGCGGAGUAUCUUGAGAAUAUCUUUUCCUUAAGUUUCGGUAUAGAAUUAGCGUUGAUGACAAUAGGAAUGAGUAUUACUUUAUUUCAAAUCACUUUACAAUCCGACGACAUCUGGGAAGUAACAAGAUACGUCAUCUACGCGAGUGCGCAACUGGUACACUUGUUCGUCUUUUGUUGGGAAGGUCAAAGACUGAUAGACCACAGUCUGCAAAUACGUGACAAGAUGUACGACUGCACCUGGUAUAAAAUACCCGCAGAGUCGCAAAGGCUAAUCUUGCAUGUGCAAAAAAGGAGUUUGCGACCGAAAUUCUUGAGCGCUGGUAAAAUUUUUACCUUCUCUCUGCAAGGAUUCACCACGGUAGUGCAAACGUCGAUGUCAUACUUUACCGUCCUUUCGUCCGUCCAGUAAUCAACGGGUAAUGUUUAAAUAAUAUUUCUGUAAAAAAAAUUGACAAUUGUGUAAUGACCGGUGUGACAUACACACAUACUCACAUUAUU